CCUUGACAAACGGGAGAGUGGAGGAGACGACGAGAGACACGACGCGCUGAGGCUCGACUUGUUUUAUUUACGGUAUAAAAACGGAUUGAGCCGUCUACUUAGAGAGAUAUAUUGAUAAUAUUGAAAUAUCUUCUUUCAACCCAAUAAGCCUUCUUUGAAAACAGCAGUGGUCUUCGCUUGGGACGCGUCUGGAGACGUACCGGACCGGCCUCACCAUGUCUGCCGCCGAGCAGAUGCGGGCCAUGCUGGACCAGCUGAUGGGGACCAGCCGAGAUGGGUGUGGCCAGCUAAAAAUGCGUGUUUGCCGCCGUCAGAUGCCGUCAAUCACGUGUGUAUUACCCCCAUUCAGUCACGGGCCAGUCAGUCGCUCUCUAUCUCAUUAAUCACUGUAGCACUCUGAUGUUUGAGAUCACUCUGGAUAGAUGUCGCUACAUAUCGUUCUAGAGUAAGUGCUUUGGUUAAUUUCAUUUGGGUUUAUGUCCAGACUUGCUUUUCACACUAACUCCUGGUAAUUUUGCUGAACUCUUUAUGAGAAUAACACGAAAGUUUGAUUUGUGCAGACAUCCCACUGCAGAAUCUGUUCUGUUGUCUAUCUUGUGAUACCGUUCCCGCACGAAGAAGAUUGGGUGAGUAGGACUUUCUGGCGAGUGGCCAUCGACAUAUCUAAGCUGUAAUUAUUAUUGAGCUGUAAUCAUUCUCAUGAUUAUGAUCGACCCAAGCAUAGGAGCAGGAAUCAAACAAAAAACUUGUGGAAAUAGACCUAAGUUCUAGCCAAUGCAAUGCAGUAAGUUACGAGCUUCGUAUUAAUAUAAUUUUGUAAAUAAUCGCUUGGCACUCGACGUGAAGCAGCCAUCUAUUUUUCAACGAUUUUUUUCUCUUAAGGAGUGAAAAUGCAAAUAAUUUCGCUUCUAGAAUAGUUUGCUUGUUUAGUCAAGGAAGCUGUUUGAAAAGCAAUAGUUAAUGUUACAUAUUGUCUUAAAAUUGAGUUUUGGUUACUAUUUUUGAUGAUCAGUGUUUCAUUGCAAAAUAUUAUACGCUCCGUUGAUUCUUGCUCCUUGGCCAGGGUAGUAAGAAACUCAAGUCGAACAUUUCGGUUUGGGUUCUCAGUCGAUUAGUGGCUAAAAAUGUCCUCAUUUGAAAAUCUAAAACGCUCAUUAUCCUUGUCACUUCUACAGAGAAUUCGGCUGCCAUCUGCGACUAAAAAGAAAUGAGUGCAAUUUCGCUUCAUUUAUUAAAAAUACUGUGAUAUCUUUCGGGCCCUUGCAGUAGUGUAUGGCGAUCAGUUUCCGUAAUGUCAUAUGUUCUAUGCUUGUAUGCGCCCCGUUUCGCGAUCCUCCGAGGUAAGGGAGGCCUGUGACGAGCUCUGCGGAGCGGACGACACCCUGGUCUGGCCAGCUCCGCCCCGGAGGUACAGGCAGAGCGAGCGGGCGCGCCGCAGGGCCGUUAACACCCUUGCAGGAGCAGCGCCGGAUCGGCAGACGGCGGCGCGCGUAUUGUGAGUCCGAGAGCCGCUGGCCGCGCAGCGUUUCCAUGGCAACGUCCGGGGGUCGUGGUUGCCAUGGUGACGGCGCCGCCACCGUCGCCCUCCCCGGUGUCCCCAUGCCGUGUCACGAUGGUCCGGUGAAGGUCAUGCCAGGGACGACACUCGCAUAAUUUCUUUCCAUUUCGUUGCAUUUUGACAUUCAAAUCAUUUCGAUCAUGUAACACCGUAAAUACUAAACGAGGUUUUAUUUGUCUACUGAAUGAUGUGAGCGUCGUCCCUGAUUAGAGCUAGAUGCCUUGAUUCCAUUGGAUUAACAUCCUUGCAAUGUUCGAUGGUGCGAUAUGUAGUUUAUUUUUCGUGCAAAAAGGAAAUCCUUGUUACAUCUCCUGCUACGUGAGAAAAGCGCAGUGUAAGAAUGUAUUGCUUCUCACCUGUCUUCUGUGCAACGAAAAACCUCGGCGGUAUUUCACAUCGGCAAAACAUCCUGCUGAUAAGAUUUAUCUUUCGACGUUCCCCUCUGUGGCAUCCUGUUGAUCCUCUGCAUGUGGCAUCAGAAUAUCUGCUGGUGGUGGUCCCUUUCCUGCCAUAUAGCCUCGUUGCCGGUGCGCCCUAAAACACCACACCUUUCCUCAUACAUCACCCAUCAGGCGACCGUAGCCUAUGAGCAGGCGUUUCCGCGGCACGGGGGUCUCGGCUGUGAUUCUGCGACCGACAGAGGUUCCCCGGCGGGGGUGGGGACCCAGCCAGCUGGUACGAGCGCGGGGAGCGGGCAGCGGUGGCCGCGCCGACUCUGACUCCCCUCCUGUCCGCCAGGCGAGUCGAAACUCAGCGUGCGCUUCACCGACCCGAAGGUCUGCAAGAGCUUCCUGCUGGGCUGCUGUCCCAACGAGAUCCUGGCCUCGACGCGGAUGGACCUGGGCACGUGCUCCAGGAUCCACGAUGUGGCGCUGCGGGCCGACUACGAGUCCGCCAUCAAGGAGAAGGACUACUUCUACGACAUCGACGCUAUGGAGCACCUUCAGUCAUUCAUCCAGGACUGUGACCGGAAGACGGAGCUGGCCAAACGCCGACUGGCCGAGACUCAGGACGAGCUGUCGGCCGAGGUGGCCGCCAAGGCAAACAAGGUGCACGAGCUGGCCGAGCAGAUCGGUAAGAAGCUGGCGCGAGCUGAGGAGCUCGGCGCCGAUGGACUCGUCGAGGAGAGCAUGAAACUCAUGGAGGAGGUGGAGGACAUCCGUAAGCAGAAGGCGCUGGCCGAACAGGAGUACCGCAACUCGAUGCCGGCGUCCAGCUACCAGCAGCAGAAGCUGCGUGUCUGCGAGGUGUGCUCGGCCUACCUGGGCAUCCACGACAACGACCGCCGGCUGGCCGACCACUUCGGCGGCAAACUCCAUCUGGGCUUCAUCAAAAUCAGAGAGAACCUCGCCGAACUGCGGAAAACCGUGGAAGAGCGGCGAGAGGAGCGCAGGAAGGCGCGCGAGGCCGAGCUGAAUGAGCGACGGCGCGGCUCGCGCGACCGCGACCGGAGCCGGAGCCGGGAGCGGCGGCGCCGCAGCCGCAGCCGGGACUGGGAGCGGGACAGGGACAGGGACAGGGACCGGGACCGGUCGUCCCGGCGGCGCAGCAGGAGCAGGAGCCGAGACCGCGACCGCGACCGGCGCAGGUACCGCGACCGGUCCAGUGAGCGGCGCAGGGACCGCUCCCGGGACCGAGACCGUGACCGGGACCGUCGCCGGCGGCGGGACAGCAGGGACCGCGACCGCGAGCGAGACCGGCGGUCAGAAAGACGGUCGGCCAGCGCGUCUAACGGCCGCGGGGACUCUGCCAGUCGCGACUGAGUACCGGCCGAAGUCGCCUGUCCACCCCGGCCGGUCAGUCCCGCCCCCUGCGGCGUCACUGUUCGAUCUGUGUGACCGGUGACGUCACUGCUCGAUCUGUGUGACGUCACUGUUCAGUCUGUGUGACUGGUGACGUCACCGCUGUCCUGUGUGACGUGUUAGCUGACUGCGCGAACUGUAAUGUGACAUCUAUUGAACUGCCGGCAGAGCGAGUCCGAACGACGGCGGCUGAGCCGGGCCGGCGGACCGGCGGCGGCUGCUCUUUAUCUAUCCGCGACGGGACGGGACGGGUUAGGUGGGUGCCGUGGGGCGGGGCGGGUGUGGGGUAGUCACCGUAUGUGCUGACCGGCGCGCAUCACCCAGUUACGCCGCAGAUCAUCCUCCCAUUGUCUGAGCCCCGCGACUGGCGCGCUCUCCAAUAAAUCGGUACAGCACG